UGACAUCCGAGGCGGGGAUAUCGACGGCGAAGAUACGAUGCUUGGUACGUCAGUCCCUCCAACUUGUUGUUUAUUGCUCAUCAGUACAGACGAAUGGUGCUAUUACCUCCUCACGUUCGGUCUUUCCACCGUUCUCAAACUCGCUGGCCCACACCUCCUGCCAGACUCGUCCCCCUUCAUGGUUGCCUCCUGGAACGGCUGGACGGCUUGGAAACCACCUGUGUCUGGCAGCACCCGUCGAAACUUCCUCAAAGAAGCUGCUUCGCGAGUUUACGAAGACAAGAUCGCUCACGUCUACGCCGAAAGCUCAUCGCGUGAAGUCCAGCGCGAGAUCUCCAAGGCACGCAUCCAAAAGUACAUCACUGAGCUUCAACAACGGAAGAACAGCGGCGAACGGAUUCCCAUGAGUCAGGAACGACCAAUGAGUGAAUGGGACAGCAAUGGUCUGAUGCGAUCGCACCCUGCCCUGACACUAGAAACCAACUUGGUGUCCUACAUCCCGUCUCUGCGAUCCGCAACGUCAAACUACACUGUCUCUCCAGAUCUCAGUGCAAGCGUUCACGAGCUCUCUGCAGUGGAGACAUCUCGCUCAAGCUCACCGCUGAGACGUACCGUUGCAGAGCCCCUGCUUCCAACACCGACUUCGUCAACGGUGCCGAGUACGAGAGACAGAAGCAGUAUGGCGAUAAGCCUGGCACCCAUCAACGAGUAUCCUGACCACGGGGGUUAUCGAGAAGUCCAUCCACUCCCGCCCGUUUCCAACCACCCCGUGUCUCGCAGCAGCAAUACAUCAGUUUCCCUGCAACGACCUUCUCAAAACAACGGCAACGUGCCGCAAGCCAUGCGCGAGGAGAGCAGUCUAGCAGCUUUCUGGCAGCCCCAUACACGCAACGACAUCAACGUACCGAUCUUUUCGCAGCCACGUACACACAACGACAACAGCACGAGUCCCAUCUCUCGCGGUUCAAACGAGGGCAGCCCGGGGAGUGCAGCACACCUGCAGCACGACAGGCUGCAGAACAUGUACAACAGCGAGAGCCACCUCAACACGGCGGAUAAGGCGAUAUAUCGUAUUGUGGAAAUGGGGUUCACGUCUGCUCAGGCGCGGGAGGCGUUGAGGAUUACGGAUCGGGGUGAUGGGUUGAGGGUUGAUCGGGCGGUGGAGCUACUGCUGCGGAGGGCGAUGUGAGGGGUGUUGUUGUGUUAUCCGUUGAUGCUUUUCGUGUGUGAUACCCAUCUAUGUUUUCAUCGGGCGUUUCAUGGUGUGUGGAGGCUGCUGUUAAGGAUAGGUAAUAGUGGUCGUAAGCGGUAGCUUCAAGUAUUCGUGUACCAAUCUCGCCACAGUUUUGUAUCGGGUUGUCGAGUUUGAAUUGGGUUGGGUUGUGAAGAAGAUUUUAUGUGAUGGGCGUC